GGCUUGUAUGAAAACCGGUGGGAUUAAGAACGUGCGGGACAAAGUCCACGGCUAUUCACCUUAACUGAACUGUUAGAUUUACAGGGCAUCGAUUUAGUUAUUUUUCUUCAAUUCUACGGUAUUUUUUAAGGAAGCUUGUCACCAUGCCGAUGUUCGUGGUCAGUACAAAUGUAUCGAAAGAUGCAGUUCCUGCCGGAUUACUGUCUGAAAUCACCCAGGAUCUUGCUAAAGCUAUGGGGAAACCACCUAAUUACAUCGCUGUGCACAUCAUCCCUGAUCAGAUGAUGAUGUUCGGGGGCAAAGCAGACCCUUGUGCCCUCUGCUCCCUCCACAGCAUCGGGAAGAUCGGAGGCUCGCAGAAUAAACAUUAUUCCAAACUGCUCAUGGGCUUGCUUAAUAAACACCUGGGGAUCGAACCCGACAGGAUCUACAUCAACUUUACCGACAUGGAUGCAGAAAACGUGGCCUGGAACAACUCCACCUUUGGUUAAAGGAUCUGGAUUUUCCCAAUACAGCUAUGCAUUCCUUCAAAAAUAAUAAAAAGGAGAGCACCUGUCUCCUAUAAUUGAUUUUGCCCUACACAGCACUUAACGCAAUUGUAGUUCAUAAUGGUUACAUGAAAAGUUACUGUUUUUUUCCUGGUAAGGUCUUAAUGUCACUUUACAAGCCUUGUACAAAAAAAAAUAAUAAAAAGUAUGCAUAUGAAUAAA